ACCCCCUUCUGGUUGGUGGAGAAUCGGCCUGACAUCAGAUUUGGGUCAAAUGGACGUGGAGGCAGACAGCCGUGGUUCUGUCUGAGCUCCGGAUCAUUCCACGCUCUCAUCCGCCGGGCGGGGAGGAGGGGGGCGGGCUUGCGUCCGCGGAUGCGGGAUGCUGAGAUGACGGGCCGAGCCGAGACUCGUUCCGAUUCUGAUGAUGGAGCCUGGAGCGGGUCCUGCUGAGACACCAUCCACCGGGAAAGUAGCAACAGGCCAGUUUUGAUCCCUGCUGUAGCAAAAGAAGAGAAUAAAGAAGAAAAAAAAGGGGGGGGGGGGGUCUGCUGGUGGGUCGGUCGUGGCGGCAUGUUCUGAUCGGAAAGCCGACGAGCAGCGGCGGCCGGCGGGAUGAGGACUCCCAGGAGACCGAGGCGGACGCUGCUGCUUCCCCGGCUUUGCAUCGGUGCAGUCGGUCUGCUGGCGGCUGCGUGGCUCUGUCACGUCCCGGACAUCACAGACUCUGGUGAGGCUCAACUCAUCUCUUUAUCAAAAAGAGAGCUGAUCCAGCAAGAAGACAACCAGACUGACAGUAAAACCAGAUGUGCUAUCAAUGAGUUUCCAGAGGACAUCUUCACUCUGGAUCAGAGGAGGCAGGGUGCAGUGCUGCUUCAUGUCCUCUGCGCCAUGUACAUGUUUUACGCCCUCGCCAUAGUGUGUGAUGUUUACUUUGUGCCAUCGCUGGAAAAAGUCUCAGAGAACCUUCAGCUCAGUCAGGAUGUUGCCGGGGCAACCUUCAUGGCAGCUGGGAGCUCCGCCCCUGAGCUCUUCACCUCUUUGAUUGGGGUCUUCAUCACAAAAGGAGAUGUUGGGGUGGGAACCAUUGUGGGGUCGGCUGUUUUCAACAUCCUGGUCAUCAUCGGGCUCUGCGGCAUCUUCUCCGGACAACCCAUCACUCUGAGCUGGUGGCCUCUGUUCCGAGAUGCUGUCUUCUACAUCCUCUCCAUAGUGGUGCUCAUUCUGGUGAUCUAUGAUGAAAAAGUCAUGUGGUGGGAGACCAUCAUCCUGAUCUCCAUGUAUGGGAUCUAUAUAAUCAUCAUGAAGUUCAACAGAUCUCUGUGCUGCCUCAUGGAGAGACACUGCAGCAUAGACGGUCAGCCGUGCAUGAGCAGCCUGCGGCGGGCGACUGCCGUGGGCAACAUGGGGGACGGCGACAAUGACAUGGUGCCGCUCAAGCCAGGUGCUGGAGCUCGCGUUUACUCGUGUGUGGUGGCGGGUCAGGACUCCGCGGCUGGGAUGGCAGAUGAAGGCUCGAACCGGAAUCCCCACAAGCUCACGCUGUCAGAGAGGCAGAGGCUGAUUCGCGCUCAGGCGGGCCCAGAGGAGGGAGCAGUUUCAGGAGAGGAGGGGACCAGCUGGGGGAGGGAGAAUGGGACGGGGGCUGAGGGGGACGGUCAGCAUCUGGAGGGGGAGAGAGGGAAGGAGACGGAGGGAGAGCAGUCUGGACAGCAGAAAGAGGAGGAGGACGACGAGGGGGUCGUGCAUGAGGAAGAGGAGGCUCCUUUCAAACCCUUUGUCGUCCCAGAUGGGUGGUGUUCCAGACUGAAGUGGCUGCUCUCCUGGCCACUGAGCUUCCUGCUUUACUGCACAGUCCCCAACUGCACCCAGCCUCGAUGGGAGCGCUGGUACCUGUUCACCUUCUUGUCCUCCACUCUGUGGAUUGCCCUCUUCUCCUACCUCAUGGUCUGGAUGGUGACGAUCAUCAGCUACACUCUUGGAAUCCCGGAGGUCAUCAUGGGCAUCACCUUUCUGGCCGCCGGCACCAGCGUUCCCGACUGCAUGGCCAGUCUCAUUGUGGCCCGGCAAGGGCUCGGUGACAUGGCCGUGUCCAACUCCAUUGGCAGUAACAUCUUUGACGUUCUGCUAGGCCUGGGCUUCCCAUGGGCACUGAGGACCCUCAUAGUCAGCUAUGGAUCAGUGGUGACCAUCAACAGCAGAGGUCUGGUUUACUCCGUGAUUCUGUUGUUGGCCUCAGUCUCACUCACUGUUCUGUGUGUCCACCUGAACCGUUGGAGGCUGGACCGCAGGCUGGGCCUUUGUCUCCUGCUCCUUUACGCCAUCUUCCUGCUCUGCUGCGUCGGCUUUGAAAAACUGUAGGGGACGCCGCCUGUAAUUUCUACCCAUUUCCACCACCACAGAGACGACAUCCAGAGGAACACAACUUGCAUUUCACCGUGGCUGUACAUGUUUGAGCUUUGUUUUGUUGUGACACUGGAUGUCAGCGCGUUUACCUUUACUAAAUGAGUAUUUUGCAUAAUUUUGUACUGAAGCACCUUCCGCCCAGGUUUUAUGAAAUCAGACGUAAUUAUUACUAAACUUUGUGUCUCAAAAAAUGCAUAAAAUAUCACAUUUUAAUGCUUAGACCAAGAAAUCUAUGAAUGAGCCCCUAACGUGUGUUUGUUUACAUGUUGCUACUUUAUAACUGCCAAAAGUAACCUUGAAGAUGAGAAAAAUUUAUAAAAAAAUAUAUGUUUAUAUACUUGCUUGUCACUUCGUGCAUCUAUUUUACAGCUUUUUUUUGUCUGUAGGUGUAAAUGAUGUUGCAUGGCCGAUCAGCACGCUUCAGACAAUUGCACUAUUGUGUGUCUUGUCACAAUCCCAUCUAGCCCUAGACCUACACAUUUCUGGAUGUAACAACAGUUGACAUUUUAGAAAUGAGCAAGAAACAGAUCACAGAAAGAUCACAUGAAAGUAGUGGCACAGGUUAAUAAUGGCUUAUGAUGGAAUUUAGCCAAUCACAAUCAAGAAAUCACACACGUAAUUUUGUAGUAAAUGCUGGGGGGGGGGGGGGGGGGGGGGGCGUAGGUGAUUGAUUUUCAUGACAGACGCCUGGGGGCUGGUGAAAAUUUGAACACGGGCCACAUUUGGUCAGCGGGCUGGACUUUAGACAUGUUUGUAUUUGUAUUAAAUGGAUUUAUGCCCGAUUGAGGCGGCAACAUUUUGGGGAAUUAUUUCUUUUAAUUCUUUUUGGUGGACGUGGAACUACUUGGAAAAUUAUUUAACUCCAAAUCACAAAAAAAGAAAACGUAAAAAGUUUGAAAAAGGUUCACCUGGACACUUCAGUUGAAGAUGUUUUGCCUCCAAGCUAGGCUUUUUUUUUCAACUUGAAAAGACUAAGUCCAGAUGACCUUUUGUUAAAACCUUUUCUGCUGAAGCGACCUUUAAUAAAUUAGGGAUUUUGCAGAUAUUUAUAUAUAUAUAUUAAAUACUAAUAAUUAUCUUUACAGAUUCUGAUUCUGAUGCAAGGCAAUCCUGCAGCGUAGUUUAUAAGUGUAAAAACAAGAAAAAGCUAAAAGAAAUAUUAAUGUUUUCAACAGUUUUCACACAGUUUUGUGAAAUAGUUUGGAGGUUUAUGAGAUGAAGCAGAGAGGAACAGCUUGUGGCUCAGUUUCCUUUGGGUUUUUUUAACUUCUUAUAAAAGCUAUUUUACGUAAUCAAAAAACUAUUGAAAACAAAGCAGUCAGAUGUUCCAGAGCCAGAAGGGUUAGUCCUUCUUUCUUGUAUUUUUGUUUGAUUGGAAAAGAUCAAAAAUGUUUGAGGAACCUGUAUGUGUACAGUCAGGUUGAGGAGGGUUGACAAAGGACCCAAAAUGCAGAGACGAGGAAGCACACGGUUCCAAGUCUAGGGGUUUAUUUCCAAAACAGAAAGCGCUGCUGAGCAGGGAAACCUAACCAAACUACCCUUACAGAUUCUAGUAUGAGUAUACUUUUGUAACCUUCAGAAAUGUCAUCAAUAAAUGUCAUUUUAAAAACUAAAA